GAGGUGGGCAGCUACCACCUGGCACUGAGACGGAUGGCAGGGGACCUCCUGUCCCUGCGCCGGCACGUCGCCAGCCUGGAGGUGGAGAACGGGCACCUGCGGCGCAGCCUGACCUCGCAGGAGGAGCUGGGCCACGCUCUGCUCGACGACGCGGACCUGGACGUCAUGACCCGAAAGGAUAGGCUCGCCACCCUCAAGCGCAAGCUGGUGGCCGGCGCAGCGGAGAUGAGGAGGCUGAAGGACCGUGUCCAGCAGCUGCAGAACGAGCUGAUCCGGAAAAACGACCGGGAGAAAGAUUUGGUGCUGCUCCAGCGAGCCCACCGGCAGCAGCAAGCCGCGCUGAGGAGGUGCCAGGAGAAGGUGGCCAAGACUAAGGGCUUGGAGGAGACCGUGCGGCAGCAGGAGAAGGUGAUCGAGGCGAUGGAGCGGAUGCUGCAGGAGAAGCUUGCCGGGAUGGGCAGGAGCACUGAGAAGCCGGCAG